AUGGACGAGACAACACCAGAAUCCAGGCCAGGCACCAGCCCGCCGGACGCCACAGGUCAAACGACAAAGUACAAGCUAUCAUGCACUGUAUGUCGGUCAAGGAAGAUAAAAUGCGACCGAGUCCACCCGUGUUCGCCUUGCUCCCGGUCUGGGGCCGAGUGCGUGUUUCCGGAGAGGAAGCGGAUGCAACGACCCCGGAAGACCAGGAACUCAGAGCUGCUCAACCGUAUAAGUCGGCUCGAGUCAAUCGUGGGAAAUGUCAGUCUGGCAACCCUGAAGGAUAUUGACGUGGCGGAGCUGAAAGGCCUCACGGAGCUCAAGCUGCGGGCAGAGGGCAAAGAGGGGCCGCAGGCAGGACCCAGCGCGUCUGAGAACACGGAUUCAUCUCCCGGCACAUCUCACACGGUUGAGAACCACGAGGUCAAGGAUGAGAUACACCCUUCCCGGUAUAUCAGCAGCGCGUUCUGGUCUAACCUAGCUGGCGAGGUCGAGGGCCUGAAGCAGGCGCUGGCACAGACGUCAGAUUCGGACUCGGAUGAGGACGUGGACUCUGCCAGUCCAGACACUGCGUCCACGCACAAGCAGCAAACGACUGCGACGCAAGGGCUGUUAGCUGGCUAUACGUCCCCUGAGUCUGCAAUACCGCUCGUACAUCCGCCAAGCCGUCUCAUACAAUACAUGACCGAAACGUUCUUUUCCCGAGUCGACCCUAUCGUCAAGAUCUUGCACCGCCCCAGUGCACUGGAGAUGAUCAACGCGGACACCUCGAGACUCAGUGCGGCGCAAGAGGCCCUCCAGUUUGCAAUCUACUUCGCUGCUAUCACCUGUCUUUCGCCAUCAGAAUGUGUAUCCCAAUUCGGCCAAGACCAAAUGUCACUCUUCAAGUCCUACCAGCUCGACGUCGAGCGCAGUCUCGCGGCUGCAGAUUAUCUGAAUAGCAACGAUUUGGAGUGCCUCCAAGCCCUAGUCAUCUACGUCGCCUGUCUCCGUGUCCACAAUGACACCAGGGCUACCUGGGUGUUGACGGCCUUGUUAUUACGGCUCUCCCAAGCCCACAGCCUACAUCGGGAUGGUGACGGCGAACAGUAUCCUCCUUUCGAGGCCGAGAUGCGGCGACGGCUAUGGUGGCAAGUCGUGGUCCUGGACGUCCGCGCCGCGGAAGACCGAGGCACGCAAGCUAUGAUCGACUCGGAGCUCUUCAACACCCGGUUCCCCCUGAACCUGAACGACCGCGACUUCGGUCCCGACAGCGCGGGGCCUCUAACCGAGCGCGCGGGGCCGACGGACAUGACCUUCUCGCUCUGCACGGCGCACUCGUCUAGCAUCUUCCUGUGGGUGACGCACGCGCAGGCCCGCUUCGCCUCGUCGACGCCGCAGCAGACGGAGGAGGAGGUCAUCGCCAAGGCACAGACGCUCGAGUCCACGUUCGUCAAGAGCUGCGACCCGACGCACUACGAGUCGUCGCUGGCGGCCGGCCUCGUGCGGCUGAUCAACCUAAAGCUCUGGCUGGUCAUGCAGUACCCGAUCCACCCGCCCAGCGCCGGCGGGCCGGCACGGCGCUUCCCCAAGGUGUCGAGCGAGGCCAUCCUGCAGACGGCCGUCAGCAUCAUGGAGCUGCACGAGCACAAGCACCACCACAGCGUGUUCGCGACACGGUUCGGUUGGUGGGGCGCCACUUACGUGCAAUGGCACCCACUGGCCGUGGCCCUGGCCGAGCUGUGCACGCAGACGACGGGGCCUCUGGCCGAGCGGGCGUGGAAGGCCGUCGAGAUCGUGUACCCGAAAUGGGGCCUGACGGUCGCCGACAGCAAGCGGGGGGCGCUGUGGCGGCCCAUACGCAAGCUGUACAAGAAGGCCAAGGCGGCCAGGGCCGAGGCACUGCGCGAGGAGGAGCAGAGCCGACGGAAGACAGACGACGCCAUGCAGAGACUGGACAUGGUUGCCGGAGACGGUGUUCUCGGUAUCGGCCUGGGUAUGGAUCUCGGGCCACAGGCGCAGCAAGUCCCCAGCAUGGCUAUGGACACAAGUGGCCUGGAUGCCGGCGGCGUCCUGUUGGACAAUGCCACCGCAUCGGCGUUUGGGACGGGUGACAACCCAAUGAACCUGCAAGGCCCUAUGUUAUCCCCUUCGAACCUCUUCAGCGACACGGCGACGGGAUGGCCGGACUUGAGCUUCGACAUGCCGAUGGAGACGCCGGCAGAACCCAUGAACUGGGGUGUUUGGAACGAUUUCUUGAAUGAUACAUAUGCGGAUGCAGGGUCUAGGACAGGCUCAAGCGAGGAUAACUAA